UUUAUAUAUCAGUCCAUUAGUAGUAAACAGGAUCUUGAGAUCUAUAAGCAACUUGCUGUUGAAGACCAUAUACACAAUGUUAUUAUAGAGUUAUACAAAAUACCCAGUGCUUGCGAGGAGUUUUACUCAGAUAGCAGAGUAUGGUUCGAUAAUCACGCUAAUGCUCUGGACGGAGAUGAUGAAAUCGAUGCUAGCCAGCCAUCAACCACCAAGCCGGAUCAAUCUUGCAUGAUCCAUCGAGUGAUGAGACCACGAGUACCUUGCUCACUACGGAGUAAGUCUGGGUGUCGACGGGAUUAA